CAGAAAACACCCUACCAGCAUCUAUGGCAAGACGGAUGGACACUAAUGAGCCUGUGCCCUUUCCACUUCCACUUCUUAUAUCACAUUCUUUCACAGGACUGGUUAACAUCUUGACAGAUAUCAUUUGGAGAUUCACUGGAGACUUCAUGGCACCUGACCUGGUUUGCCGCGUGGUCCGCUAUUUGCAGGUUGUGCUGCUCUAUGCCUCUACCUACGUCCUGGUGUCCCUCAGCAUAGACAGAUACCAUGCCAUCGUCUACCCCAUGAAGUUCCUGCAAGGAGAAAAGCAGGCCAAGGUCCUCAUCACGAUUGCCUGGAGCCUCUCUUUCCUGUUCUCCAUUCCUACCCUUAUCAUAUUUGGGAAAAGGAAACUCUCCAACGGCGAAGUGCAGUGCUGGGCCCUGUGGCCCGACGACUCCUACUGGACCCCGUACAUGACCAUCGUGGCCUUCCUGGUGUAUUUCAUCCCCCUGACAAUCAUCAGUGUCAUCUAUGCCAUUGUGAUCAAAACUAUUUGGGUCAAAAGCAAAGCCUAUGAGACAGUGAUUUCCAACUGCUCAGAUGGAAAGCUGUGCACCAGUUACAACCGAGGGCUCAUCUCAAAGGCAAAGAUCAAGGCCAUCAAGUAUAGUGUUGUCAUCAUUCUCGCCUUCAUCUGCUGUUGGAGUCCCUACUUCCUCUUUGACAUUUUGGACAAUUUCAGCCUCCUUCCAAACACUAAGGAGCGUUUCUACGCCUCUGUGAUCAUUCAGAACCUGCCUGCCUUGAAUAGUGCCAUCAACCCCCUCAUCUACUGUGUUUUCAGCAACUCCGUAUGCUUCCCCUGCAGGGAGCAAAGAUCACGGGAUUCCAGAAUGACAUGUCGGGAGAGAACUGAGAAGCAUGAGAUGCAGGUUCUGUCCAAGCCAGAAUUCAUGUAGGUCAUGGGGCAGCAGUAGCACUGGGCUGAGCCCCAUCAACUCUCCUGGGUUCCCAUUAGCACCUUGGGCCUGUGUAUAAAGCUUGAGCCAACUUCUCUGCCCUGCACCGUUCAUCGCUUGGGGGAUAUGCAAGGCAAACAUCGUAAAGAGUGUGAGUCACCUGCCUCAGCAAGUAUUGGCCAAUAGGAAGUUACAAACUACUCACACCAGCCAGGAAAGAUACCCUUUCUUUCCCUACCAUUCCCAGCUGCCCUUCUCACUGGUCAGCACCAGAAUCAACGGACAGAGACAUUGCCGGCCCGGGGCCCAGGCUUGGGCAAGCAGAGGGGAUUGACUAAAAAAGCAUGUUUGUACAUGUUCUUAUAAUUACAAUUUAAGAAGUAAAUAAAAGGCUUACCUGAGCCUAGAUUUUCCUCCCAUUUUUGGAUUCAAGUUUCAGUAGCUGUGGCCAAAGAGAUGUUUGUCCUUGAAAUGCCAACAAAUAAUAAAUUCAUUUCCAGGCAUUGAGGCUUUGCGUCUCCUCUGCAGAUGGCCAUGGUUGGCAGAUGGAUGUGUUGGCAGCAGCCAACCUCACAGUCCCAUUGUAUCGACAGAUGAUUUGCAGAAAGAACAUAAGUGCUGGCCCUCCAGAGAAAAAUCGAAAUUGAGGGGUA